AUGAAACUUCUGAGGAAAUUCAAUAAUUCGUAUGAUUAUUUGCUCGGAAUUUAUUAUACACACUAAACUAACUAAGAGUAUAAUAAUCGUCUUUCAUCUAACUCGCGUAAGAAGAAAAAAAAAAGAAGAAAAAACACAAGUAAAAUGUAAAAUGUCGUAGUGGUGGGGAUAUACAUAUUACUAAAAGACACUCGCAUCGGAUUAAAGUUUGAUUGAAUUCUCCUCUAUCGGUCAACAUCAAUGAUUUGCUUUGCUCAUGCGAAUUGAUACGACGACAAUUGUGCAAUUUUUUUUCCUUCUUUUUUUCUUGAUAUAACAUACAUAUAUAUGUAUCAAUUUUGUAUCAUCAUAUUAUUUAUAAUUUAACUUACAAUGCAAAUUCGAAGUAUCAAUAACGUAGUGAUUUCGAACUUUGUUGGUGAUAUUGUUAAGUUCAUUACAGUGUUGUUGUUUUUACUUUAAUUAUUAUUAACAUUUAUAUAAUUAAUUCAUAUUAUUAUAGGAUAAUUUUUUCUAUUUGAAAAUAUAGAAGUUGUUACGUGUAAUAGUUUUGUAUUAUAGAAAUUUUUCAUGAAAAAUUGUCAACAAUAUUCACUUUCAAUGGAUAAAAAAGAUAUAGAAAUGAAAUCAUCUACGAUAGAAAUAUCUAAUGAUUUAUCUAAUGAGAUUGAUUUGGAACUAAGUGUACAACUUGCACUUAAUGAAACAGGUUUUGGAAAAUUUAAUUUGAAGGUAAUGGUACUUUGUUGUUUGAUUUAUCUAAACACAGCACUUAGUAUAUGCAGUAUCGGAUUUAUUCUUCCAUCAGCUGCAUGUGAUUUUCAUAUGAGUACCAUUGAUAAAGGAAACAUCAAUAUAAUAUCUCUGAUUGGAAUGGCAGCAGGGUGUUGGUUUUGGGGUUGUUAUGCUGGAAUCAAAGGCAGAAUUAGAACUUUAAAAAUGUCUUUAUUUCUUCAAGGAAUAUUUGAAUUUUUAUCUGGCAUAAUACCAAAUUACGGAUUGUUCUUAUUAUUCAAAUUUUUAAGCGGUUUCUCAUUAAGCGGACAAAGUGGGACACUUUUCGUUUAUUUAGGUGAAUGUCAACCAACAAAAUAUAAAGAAAAAUUACUUUCAUGGUUAGAAAUGGCAUGGACAUUAGGUCUUAUCGCUGCUCCUGUUAUCGGCUGGCUCAUAAUACCAUUACAAUUUGAAAUUGAUGCAAAACCAUUUACAUUUCAUUCAUGGAAUUUAUUUGUGAUAAUAUGUUCCUUACCAUCAUUUACAAUUGGUUUUUGGUCAUUGUAUUUCAAUGAAAGUCCCAAAUUUCUUGCUGAAAAUAUGCAAUUGUCAGAAUUAUCUGUUGUACUUAGAAAAAUCUAUACAGAAAAUACUGGUAAUCCUAUAGAAAUGUAUUUUGAAAUACUUGACAAAAAUAAAAAUCCUUUCUACGAUAAUUUGAAAAUAAAUAAUAAUCAUAACAAUUCUAAUGACAAUACUAAAGUGAAAUCUUGGCGAACUAUAAUAUAUACAACGUAUAUACAAACAAUAUCACUUUUUAAAUUUCCAUAUCUUUUUAAAAGUCUCAAUGUGUUCAUUUUAAUAUCAUGUAUUACGGCAUCUUAUUAUACUUUGAUGCUAUGGUUUCCGGAAUUGUUUCAAAGAUUUGCUAAAUAUGAACAAAUGUAUCCAGAAAAAAGUUCAAGCGUAUGUGAAAUAUCCAAAAUAAAUCUAAUCGACAAUAAUAACACAAUGGUAGUAGAAUACGAUAUAUACGAUUGCCAAAAUAACAUUCACGAUAAUGUAUUUUUCCAUACACUUCUUCUAGGAUUGGGUUGUUUACCAUUAAGUAUUAUUCUUCCCCUAACUGUUACAUAUACUGGUUAUAAAAUUUAUAUAAUAAUUUGCACAUUCUUAUCUACUUUAGUAACCAUAGGAUUUUUCUUUAUAACAUCAUCAACUCAAAAUCUUAUACUCUCUAGUAUCUUUGAAGCUUUAACAUCUGUAUGCAUGAGUAUAACACUUUGUAUAGUUGUUGAUAUUUUUCCUACAAAUUUAAGAAUGAUGGCUGCUUCCUUAGCUGCUUUCUGUGCACGUGUUGGAGCAUUUUCAGGAAAUUGGAUAUUUGGUUACUUAAUAGAUAAUUAUUGUCUAUCAUUAAUAAUCAUAGUAGCAUCGCAACUCUUUUUUUGCACAAUACUCAGUUUUCUUACUCCUGGAAGAUUUGGAAUGAUCAAACCAACGAAGAUAAUAUAGCUUGAAAUAUUUCAUUACAACUAUUUGUAUUAUUAUAAACAAAUUAUUCUAUAAAAUAAAUAAUGACUAUUUCACAUUUUCUAGGCGCAACAUAUUAAGAAUUCAAUUUAAAUUUCCCAUCUAUUUGUCUUAUUAAAUCUAACCAAUGAUUGUACAGAAGUGUAUAUGAUGUCAAGACCAAUCAUGAAACAUCAUUAAUGCGCAACCGCAGUAAAACAGAGUAGAUAUCGAUAGUAUAUUAUUAUUUUUGACAGAAAGUGUAUAAAGCGUUUAUAUCUUAUCGUUUGGAAAUGAUUUUUAAUAUUUCAUAAAUUAACAUUGAAAGUUUUAUAAAAUGAAACUAGUUAACAUACAAUAUGAAAUCGCAAGAUGAUACAGCAUAUUUUAUAGGAACGCGAUUGAUGAUUUAUAUAGUAAAUAUAAUUCCACGUCGUAAAGUAUCAACAAAACCUCCUUCCGUAACAUCGUUUUGAUGUACGAAACAUAUAUAUUUAAUAAAUUAGUUUAAUAGAU